AUGAACAAAAUUUACCACUUCGAGAAUGUGUCUGCACUGGAGCAGACCGAGGAGGCAGAACUCGAAGCACCCACCAGUACAGGGUCUGGGAAAGGUCAUGGGCCGAUUGAAGCCACUGUGCCAUUGGGAGAGGAGAAGAUUUUACAGGAACCUCAGGAACUACGACUGGUUUUGGGAAUAGACUAUGGCACGACAUUCAGUGGUGCAGAAUGCUCUCUCGAGGAAAUCGAUGUAAUUGAGCAAUGGGGUCCGCAGAUGGACAACGAGGAGAAGGUUCCAAGCGUUAUCUCUUACUCGCGUUCAAGUCAGGCCGGGGAGCAGCAAUGGGGUAAGAGUCUGAGCGCAGAUGCAGUGACAAUGAUUCACACUAAGUUGGAGCUUGGCGUGGAAGAUCUAUUAGGCGAACUUGACAUGACUUUACAGGUUCUGGACGGCAUGAAGAAUCUGAACUUUGACGAGAUGAUGUUGAGCAAAGGCCAGAACGACCUACCGCCGUAUUCUCACAAGAGCCCAGAGGAGAUUGUGACGGACUACCUCGAGAAAUUGUUUGCUUACGUGCAAAUGGAAGUGCGAGUAGAUGAGAAUAACGUGUUCGCCAAACACACAACGACGGAUAUUGUUGUGACAAUACCCACAAAGUGGUCUUAUAUGGCUAUGAACUCUACGUACAGAGCUCUCACAAAAGCUGGGUUUAAUAAGGACAACUUUCCAAAGCUGAGGCCAAUCAUGUUCGUGACAGAGCCCGAGGCAGCUGCGCUUUACACUGCGCGGUGGUAUCGUGACGAAAAAGAAGAGGAAUUCCUUCAAUCUAAGGACUACUUCAUUCUCUGCGACGCAGGUGGCGGUACUGUUGAUGUUGUUUCAUAUCGAGUUACGCAACGAUCGCCAACUCUCGAAUUGGAGCAGAUUGGCAAGCCCACAGGCAGUCGCUGUGGAUCCAUUUUCAUCAACCAUGAGUUCAAAAAGUGGCUGAGAAUGCUGCUUGGAGAGGAGGAAUAUCUAAAGCUCGACCCAAAUCUGGACAUCGACAAAAAUGCGAAUCACGCCUCCGAAACUCCCGCCAUGAGAGAACUCAUGCAAGCGUUCGACGAUGUCAAGAAGCAGUUUGCAUUCUCAACACCUGAUGUUCGAUUCAGUCUACGAGGGGAGUUGGAGAACCUUGACAUCUUUGGUAAAGUAAACAAGGGCCUAAUUACCAUUCCACAAUCGACAAUGCGAGGCUUUUUCGACUCCUGCAUCAAAGAGAUAGUUGAGCUUAUCUGGGAACAUGUUGAUCGCAUCGAAGAAAGAGGCAGUCGUCCAAAGCACUUGUUUCUUGUGGGUGGUUUUGGGGCGUCUGAGUACCUAAAACAUCGCCUCAAGGAGACGAUCACCGAGGAAGAGAUGCAGAUGAGCUACCGACAGCCGAAGGAGUCCUGGACAGCAGUGGUUCGAGGAGCAGUGGUAUGUGGUAUCGAGAAAGAUGCGAUACCGAAUUUGAGAAGGACCGAUGUUUGCCGACACAACUACGCGGUUUGCUUCGACCAACUCUACUCAAAUACGUUCCACGUAGAAAAGGAUAUGGCCCAGAUCCAUGGAGCCACGUACGCGCAAUCUCAACUUACAUGGCUACUCAAUAAGGGUGACCUAGUCCUGUCGGAUCAGCCGCGUAAAGAGGAGGUGUCAUUUCAGCUUACACUAAGAGAUCUUAGUGCCGGCAAGACGCAAUUGGAGAUCUUCAGAAACUCCGAUGAUGAAGAUCAGCGGCCUCGACGUUAUCAGAAUGCUAAGGAAGGUCGGUCGAUCCGCUUAGACCUCCAUGUCAUUGGCCACUAA